CUCACUCUCAACCCCACCCAGCCAUGUCCUGAGCGACGUCGACGUGAUCGCAUUGCCCUACCGUCUGCGACACCAUUGACAACUAUUGCAUCGAGGCUGCGCGCAGUGACCGCGCCCCACCGCCGCCAUGGGUUACAUCAAGCAGAUCACCAUUCAGGGUUUCAAGAGUUACAAGGACCAGAUGCAAAUCGAGCCUUUCUCGCCCAACUGCAACGUCAUCGUCGGUCGCAAUGGUUCUGGCAAGAGCAACUUCUUCGCCGCCGUGCGCUUCGUCCUCGGCGACGAUUACAACUUCCUUAAUCGCCAGGAGCGCCAGGCCUUGUUGCACGAAGGCUCUGGCUCGGCUGUCAUGUCUGCAUACGUCGAGGUCUGCUUCGACAACACCGAGGACCGUUUCCAGACUGGCAAGCCUGAGUUCUACCUGCGUCGGACAAUUGGCGCAAAGAAGGACGAAUACUCAGUUAACCGCAAAAACGCCACCAAGGCUGAAGUCAUCCAAAUUCUCGAGUCGGCCGGUUUCUCGCGAUCGAACCCAUACUACAUUGUCCCACAAGGUCGUGUGACGGCUCUCACGAACAUGAAGGACAAGGCCCGUCUCGAAAUGCUGAAAGAGAUCUCAGGUUCAAACGUAUACGAGACGCGCCGUGCCGACAGUCUGAAGCUGCUGAAUGACACGGACAACAAGUGCACCAAUAUCGACAGCGUGGUCGAGUCGAUCAACGAGCGUCUGGGCGAAUUGGAGGGCGAGAAGGAGGAGCUUGAAGCCUGGAGCAAGAACGACAGGGAGCGAAGAUCCUUGUUAUACACUCUACACUCGCGGGAAGAGGCUGAGCUUGAGGCAAAAAUCGAACACAUCGACUCCCUCGAGCACCACGGUCGCGAGAUGCGCGAAGACAAUGAAGCAACAUUCCGGCAGAACGAAGACGACAUUACGAGACUCGAGUCGGAAGUCAAUCAGCGGAAAAGCGAUCUCGACAUACUCAGACAGGACCGUGUACAAUACGAGGGCGAACGCAAGGCUGCAACGCUCGAGAAGGCCAAGAUUGAGUUGGACUUGAAGGCACUACAGGACAGCCAAUCAUCUGCUCAGCAAACCAAGAGCAGACGUGACGCACAAGUCACGGCGCUGCAGCAACAGAUCAGGUCUCGACAGGCUGAGCUCGAACAGCUGCUACCCCAGUUCGAGGCAAAGAAGGAGGAAGAAGAGGCUGUUCGUGCACAGCUUCUUGACGCGGAAGGUCAAUACAAACGUCUCCAGGAUAAGCAGGGUCGAACGGCGCACUACAGCAACAAGCGAGAGCGUGAUGUUGCUCUACGCGCACAGAUCGACGAGACGAACGGAGACCUCAGCCGUCGCAAGGCUGUGCUCAUGCAAACCAACGAAGAGAUUGCCGAGCUUCACAACGAGAUUAAGCGUAUCGAGAGCGAGAUCGCUGAGUUGAGGCAGGCAAUUGACAAUGAGGGUGAUGCCGCUGUGGAUCUUGCGGCGCAGCUCGAGAAGGCCAGAGAUGCGAAGAAGGCUGUCCUCGAUAAACAGACUAGCCUUUGGCGCGACCAGAACAGGCUCAGCAGUCAGCUUGGAAACGUGCAGAAAGAUCUGCAGAUGGCGGAGCACACAUUCUCUCGUCUACUGGACCAUGGUACCAGUCGCGGACUCGAGUCGUUACGGAGAUAUCGCAGAGAUGGGCUACAGGGCGUUCACGGCACGAUCGCUGAGUUGCUUCAAGUACCCGAAAAUUACCGAUCAGUCACAGAAAGCGCUGCAGAAGCCGCUCUGUUCCACGUCGUUGUCGAAGACGAUAACGUAGCAUCCAAGAUCAUGGAUCGUCUUACCAAGGACAAGGGCGGUCGUCUCACAUUUAUUCCUCUGAACCGAAUCAGCGUACCGGACAUCCAGCUCAGGCCGACAGAAAACAUGCAACCUCUGCUCCCAAAGCUUGUCUAUGAGGAACGCUUUGAAGCUGCGUUUAGGCAUGUCUUUGGUAAGAUUGUUGUGUGCCCAACUCUGGACGAGUGCAAGCGUGUCGCCAAACAGUACAACGUCCGCGCAUACAACCCAGAUGGAGACAACGCCACUAGAAAGGGACAGUACCGGGGUGGUUUCCACGAUCCAUCUAGGUCAAAAAUCAUGGCUUUCAGCGUUGUUGCUGAGAAGCGUGCACUGCUCGACGACUUACAGCAAAAGAAUCGCGAAGUCGACGAGCAGCUAAACUCCAUCAAACAUCAACUCACAGCAGCACAGAGCGAGCUACUUAGGCGGCAAAACGACCAAAGGAGAGGAGAGACUAGCUAUGCACCAAUGCGAGAAGAGGUUCGCGUGAAGCAGAGCCUGCUGCAAGAUGCACGGGAUACGCUGGCGAAGAAGCAGAGAACUGCUGCGGACCUCGAAGCGGCCAUCAAUCUGCUUGGAGCACAGCAGAGUGACUGGGAAGCAGAGAUUGCUUCGAAAUUCACCAAAGCACUGUCCAACGAUGAAGAGCAGAUGCUCGUCACUUUGACCAGCACAGUGAAGGACCUCAAGAAGCAGUAUGCGCAGAUCAAGCAAGAAAGCGCCACGCUCGAGACCCAGAAGAUUGAGGCCGAGCUCGAGUUAAACCAGAGCUUGCAGCCUGCCCUGGAUGACUUGCUCGCACAGCAAGGAGGCGCUGGAGGUUCUGCAGCUCAAUCAACGGGUCUGCGAGAAGCUAAGCGUGCGCUUGACACCAUCAACAAGACCGUCGCCAAUCUCGAUCAGCAAAUCGAGGAGACUGACACUCAGAUUGAUGAGAUACGGGCUCAGAUUGAGCUGUUGGAAUCUUCGAGAAAUGAGAAGGAACAAAGCAAUCGUGCGCUUGCUGCUGCAAUGGAAAAGCAGGAGAAGUCACUGUCGAGGAAAGACGCAGACCGUAGCACCUACACAGCCCAGCUCAGCAGAGUGAGGAAAGAGAUUCGAGAUUUGGGCACACUGCCCGAAGAUGUCGGUCGCAAGUACAGCAAGUGGAACACGGAAAAGAUCGGCAGGGAGCUCACCAAGGCCACCCAGGCCCAGAAGCAAUUUGCACACGUCAACAAGAAGGCCUACGAACAGUACGAGAACUUCACUCGACAGCGCAAAACUCUCAUAGACCGCCGCGCCGAGCUCGACUCGUCACGCAAAUCUAUCGAAAACCUCAUCGACGUGCUCGACCAGCGCAAAGACGAGGCCAUCGCCCGUACCUUCAAGCAAGUGUCCGUCGCCUUCAAGAGCGUAUUCCAAGAACUGGUCCCCAUCGGUACAGGUCGUCUCAUCAUCAACCGCAGAUCAGAUGGCGCACAAGGCGACGACGACAGCGAAGACGAGACCCCCACACAAGCAGCCCGGAAGAAGGGAUCCAAGAUCGAGGAAUACGUCAGCGUCAGCAUUGCCGUGUCCUUCAACUCAAAGCACGACGAGCAGCAAAAAAUCGGCCAGUUGUCCGGUGGACAAAAGUCCCUUUGCGCACUUGCACUCAUCUUUGCGAUCCAGCAGUGCGACCCUGCGCCGUUCUAUCUCUUCGAUGAGAUCGACGCGAAUCUCGAUGCGCAGUACCGUACUGCUGUCGCCAAUAUGCUGCAGAAACUCAGCGGACAAGGUGGGCAGGAUGGAAAGGGCGGCGGACAAUUUAUCUGCACAACCUUUAGGCCGGAGAUGGUGCUUGUGGCGGAUCGAUGCUAUGGCGUGACAUACACGAACAAGACGAGUAGCAUCGACGUAGUGGAUCGCGAGGAUGCGUUAGGGUUCGUCGAAGGGAUGCAGAAGUGAUCAUGUAGUGUAAGAUGCGAGUGUGAUGGGGUUCGAAGUACCUGCGUGUCUUUCGUCGCGAUCAGAGGCGCUGGC